AUAAGGUGCUUCAGCGUCGUCUCUUGAUCUUUUUUUUUGUCAAAAAUGUUCUGACUAACUGAAUUUUUUUUAAGCCAAAUCUCUACUAAACAAAGGGACAUUGAAAUGAUUUUUUUAAAUUUUAUAAUACUUAAAUCAUACUUUUUUUUAUUUAGGGAUGAUCUUUUGGAAUCUUAAUAAAAUAAUUUUUUUUUCUAAAAUACUAAUUUCAAUCUGAAAGUAUACAUACUAUUACUAUGGAUAUCUUGUCCACUGUAGGGAGAACAGAAAGAAAUGAAUUUAACUACCUUAAAAUUUAUUUUAAAAAAUAACUAAAAGAAUAGUACCUAUGUAAUAUUUUCAUAUAACUACAUUUAUUAGAGUGUAGUACAGGAAUCCAAAUGGGAGAGAAUGAAUGCUGAAAUGUGACAGUGUUGGUAUUUUUUUUAGAAGAUAUAUACAUAUACAAUACACAUGUUGAUUUUUUGCGCUCCUAGACCCCCUUCCGUUUUAGGUUCUUCUCAUCUCUCUAAAAUCUAUUUUCAAAAUGAAUAUAUAAGCUGAGCGAGAGGGAAGAUAACUACAUACUACUUGGUGUUGUAGUGUAUAUGUAGUGAAUGAGAGUGAUGAGAAGUGAUUGCAUACAUAUACAUGGUUCGUUUCCGCUUUACACAUUUUCAUUCUGUUUUCAUUCAUGCCUUGUGUUCCCUAAGUUGUGUUUCAGUUUCAACCCAAGUGUUCCGUACAAAACUCGCUGUUGACGCAUGCGUUUCGUUUCUUUGCGAGCGCACGAUGGUCUAAGAGUGAAUUGUUUUUUUGCGACAUCUAAAAUAAAAAUUCAACACAUUUAUUCCGUGCAAAGAAACCAACUUUACCAACUUUUACCGUAGAUGAUCUCAAGGCAAAAAAAAAGAAGAAAAUGAAAAAGUUAUAAAGGAGCUGUGUUGAGACUUUUUUAUUGUUGUUGCUUGAGUAUUACUAACUUUUCUUGUAUAUGAGGAUGUGGACAAAAAGUGGGUACAUUGUGUGCGAAAAUUGCUUAAAUUCAACAUGAUGAUGUGUUGUGACAAACUUAUCGUGGAACUUUUCUUUCAUUGAUUACGGCGGCAUUUUUUUUUGUAAAUCUACGCACGAAUACGCCUACGAUUUGUAUAUGUGAAGAAAAUCAUCCAACUUUGUAAGACGUUGUGUGCAAAAAAAAAAGAAAGAUUGUGAUAAAAGUGCUUCUGAUAGAGCUCCUCCAUUGAUGGAUUACUCGUCAUUUCCUUCCGACUGAAUAUGUGGAUGUAAUUAUAUGACACUCUGUGUACUAAUUCACGAGACACGCAGCAAAUUUUCGACUUAUAUUCAUCAACAUCUUCGUGAUACCUUUGGUGUGGAUGCGUGCUCAAUUUCGUGAUGGUGCUCAAGUUAUAUAUCUCUGGUGGGAGGAUAAAUUAAAUUAUGUCCCAUUUUUGCUCCAUUUUCAACCCACUGAUCACUUUGUACCAGCCAAAUGCUACUGUAUUAAAAAGUAGAAGUGAGACAGUGCUAAUAUAGGGCAAAUAAACUAUAUAUUUCAUGCUACUGUGAAUGCGUAAAGAUCCACAACAAAUGGGGGUACAACUUUUAUAUUAAAACAAAAAAAAAACGAGUUUAAGAAAUAAUAAAGAUCGCUGGAAGUUAAAAAUAAAUUUGUAAAAUUGGUAGUGAAAAUGCAGUGACAAAAAUUCUCGUGAGUUUUUACAUUAUUUAGAAAAGAAAACGAACUUAUAAAGGAAGUUACUAAAAGGAGCCAUAAAUUACUAAUAAAAAAAACUGAUACAAAAGUAAAUUUAAUUUUUGAAAUCAAUGUAAAUUUGCGCAAUUUUUGGUGUGAAGAAACACACAGUGAUUUUGUAAGGUAAUCUGGUUCAUCUCUAUCAGUGAGGUCCUGCUGUGUGUUUAGAACUUAUUAUAAAAAACAAACUUUCAACAAAUAAAAAAGUAAAAGAAUCAUAUAGCCAAGAUAUUUAAGGAAUUUUUGAAAUGAGAAUUGUUAGAGUUGCUUGUUGAGGCACUAAAAUGACAAAUGAGUGGGUUGAAUGGUUCAGUGACAAUAGAAUAAAGACUUCAAUCCGAGGAAGUAGCAAUAAUUUCUUCAGCAGCUAUCAGUGUAAUAAAAUAUCUGGAAUGGGUCUCAAAACUCACACCAUUAUGAAAUCUCUACAGAAGCCUAGAGAUGUUCCCACUCAAAUGCCACCGUUGACACCUGGAACGAAUAAAAAACUUUCAGAGGCACUCAAGGCAUCCUUCUCGUCAUGGGAGAAGGAAGUGCAAAAUAGGAACAUCACCAAAGAUCCUCGAUUGUGGACAGAGGAGCAUGUGGUAUAUUGGCUAAAAUGGUCAAUUAAGGAAUUCUCCCUAGAAAAUGUAAAUUUUGACCCAUUCUUGAGGUUAAAAGGUCGCGAUAUGGUAGCAAUGGGUCGAGAAAGGUUUCUUUCCAUUACCCCACCCUACACAGGUGAUAUACUCUGGGAACAUCUGGAGAUUCUUCAGAAAGAUUGUGAAAAUUCCCUUGAAAGCAAUACAGUGACCAAUAGCUUUGAUCCUGCAUGUACAGCAGAAUUGUGUGAUUAUUUGGGAAAUCAAAAAUUGUCUGGAAAUCCUACAUCAAUUGAUUUCUCACUUGCAAAAGGCUUUAAUGAUUUCACAGCAUCCCAGGAGAGACAUGAUAGUAAUACACCACCAGCUAUGUCUGGAAGUUCGCAGUCAUCGACUUCGGCGCGGCAGGAGUCAAGUGGACCGGCAAACCUUUCCUACAUGCAAAUGACACUUCAGCGGCAGGCAGCCGCUGGCGAUGAAGGUGGCGGUGGUGGAUUUUCACAGAGGCAGCAGCAACCACCUCAGCAUCAACCACCCACGCAACUCAAAGAGGAAACCAACACAUGUUCCACACUAUAUCGCAGCAAUAUCAAUGGAUUACAGGAUGAUAUCGCACUGAGGAAUUUCAAUCUUCUAACCAAUCCGUGUAAUUACGGUGGUGAACAUGAGUACAAUUCCCUGGCUCAAGAAGUGGCAUCUGGGCAACAGCAGUAUCUUGAGGGGAGUCCUGAAUUCUAUGCUGGCAUUAUGGAGCAAAAAUUCAAUACGCCAUAUCACAAGAGUGGCACCAGUGGUGCAUAUCCGCGGGGCGGUGGUGCAAUGGGUGGUAGCAGUGCUAGCAGUGGUAGUGGAGGGAGAUUUCAAGAUGCCCCAUAUGACUUUCCUGCUCAAUACGAUACCCCGCCGUACCAGACAGUUCCUGUGAGUUCAUCCGCAAAUGCGGAUCAAUGGACAAGUGGACAUCAUCCACAUUCAGAGCUUCAGCAUCAGGCAUACAUGAGCUCAGUUGGUUUUGAUAAGACCAUUUUGGGUACGUAUGCAACACAAAAUGGUGCACCAUGCUUCACGGGGUCGGGACCUAUACAACUUUGGCAGUUCCUAUUGGAGCUCCUUACGGAUAAAUCGUGCCAAAGUUUCAUCUCAUGGACGGGAGAUGGAUGGGAGUUUAAGCUAACAGACCCAGAUGAGGUUGCUCGACGAUGGGGAAUACGGAAAAAUAAACCAAAAAUGAACUAUGAAAAAUUGAGCAGAGGCCUCCGAUACUACUAUGAUAAAAAUAUUAUACAUAAAACGGCUGGAAAGCGCUAUGUGUAUCGAUUUGUGUGUGAUCUUCAGAACUUGUUAGGAUAUUCUCCAGAGGAGCUACAUGCCAUGGUGGAACUGAAGCCAGAGAAGAAAGAAGACGAAUAAGGCGAGCAAUUUUAAAUUGUUUUUAUUUCUAUUUUUGAACAAAAAUAUAUAGUUCUCUUUUGUAAUUACGUAAACAAAAAAAAAAAUGUGAAAAUGUAUGUGUUGGAUAGAAAUUUGAAAGUUAAA